AUGAAUUGCACCCUAUUGGAAACCAGGAAAACGUUGUCGUUCCUGCUUCGAAGUUGCACAGCACAUUCCGCUGCUUUGCAAUGCCACGCACAGAGCUUCGUUCAAGGUUUGCUUCCCAACACCGUUCUCCAAACUGACCUCCUGUUGGUGUACUCUAAACUGGGCCUUCUCCAUGAAGCUCGCAAAGUGUUCGAUAGAAUGCUCGACAGAAAGAACAUGUACCCUUGGAAUGUCAUGAUUGCCUCCUAUGCCCAGAAUUGCAUGUAUUCUGAUGCCUUGAUGGUUUUUCGCGAGUUCAAGUACUUUGGCUUUAGGCCUGAUCACUAUACCCUGCCUCCGUUGUUCAAGGCUUCUGUGGGAGUGGAUGAUGGUUGCAUUGGAAGUACGUGUCAUGGUUUGGUUAUAAGGCUUGGGUAUGAAGGAUAUGUUGUUGUGGCAAAUUCCGUGCUUGAGUUUUAUGUUAAGUAUGGGGCUGUACUUCAGGCUUGCUGUGUGUUUUCCAAUAUGUUAUGUAGGGAUACUGUGACGUGGAAUUUGAUGAUCUUGGGCUUGGGAAGGGCCGGUUUGUGUUCGGAUGCAAUGAGUUGUUUUAGGGAGAUGCUAAGCUUGGAUAGGAUGAUGAGGGUAGAUUUCAUGACUCUUCCUAGCGUUUUGAAUGCUUGUGGAAAGGAAGGAGACUUGUUGAAAGUGAGAGAAGUCCAUGGGUAUGUGGUGAGAAGUUUUGGUUUUGAUGUAGAUGCUGCCAUUGGGAAUGCGUUGAUUGAUGUGUAUGGCAAGUGCGGAUGCUUGAAAGAUUCGGAAAAGGUUUUUAGGACAAUGAGCCGCUUGAAUUUAGUCACGUGGACCACCGUGAUAUCUUGUUAUGGGGCACAUGGGAAGGGGGAGGAAUCUCUUUUGCUAUUUAAGAAGAUGGUAGAUGAAGGGUUUAGGCCAAACCCAGUCACACUCACGGCAAUCUUGGCCAGUUGUAGCCGCUCAGGUUUGAUAGAUCAAGGCAAGCAAAUUUUCAGCUCAAUUCGUUCGGACUAUGGAUUUGAGCCUUCUGUUGAGCAUUAUACUUGUAUGGUGGAUCUUCUGAGUCGCUGUGGGUAUCUUUUGGAAGCACUUCAAUUGUUAGAAAGCAUGAAAUCAUCAGAGACAGGAAGCAUGUGGGGUGCCCUUCUUGCUGGUUGUGUAAUGCAUAAAAAUGUUGAAGUUGGACAAAUUGCAGCUCAUCGGCUAUUCCAAUUAGAACCAAAUAAUGCUAGCAACUACGUAGCUUUGUGUGGUAUCUAUCAAUCUCUUGGUAUGGUUGAUAGAUUGUCAUCUAUUAGAGCAAAAAUGAGGGACUUAGGUUUGGUUAAAAUUCCUGCUUGUAGCUGGAUCAAUAGAGCUGGAAGGACCCAUAUUCGACCAAGGGGACCUGUCUCAUCCACUAGCUCAAAUGAUUUGCAAAAUACUAAUUAUUUGAAUCAUGAUUUGAGAGUAGAAAAUCUGCUACAUGAUGAUGAUACCUUGGCCAUGGGUUUGUACUUGUAA